CUCCCACCCUCUUUUCCAAGCCACUUCUGGCUGAACCUUCGCCCCACCUUCCCAGCGAGGCUGGGGGCCCCAAGCCCUAGGAGAGGCAGAGUGGGAGAAAAAAAGGAUGGUGAUGCCACACUUGGCCCUAGAGUUGAAGGAGUUAAGGACCCUCCCUCAUCCAGACAGCCACCCCUUUGCUCCCCAAACCCCAAACGCCAAGGAAGCAUCCAGGAAUUGGCAGCGGAGCAGGAGAGGGGGUGGGAUGGGGUGGGGUGGGGGUGAGGCGACCGUGGCCCAGCCUUGCCCAGCAUCGGUCCUGGGGGGCGGGGAGGACGCACACCGGGGCUGAGGACCUGCCAGCGCCCAGCUCCGGCGCGCCUGCCUUCCCCGAGCCUCGAGCGCGGCCCAGCCGCGUCCGCGCAGCCCUCGCUCCCCUCCACCCCACCCCCUGCAAGUUGUCUACGGCGACGGGCAGCGGAGGCGGCCCAGAGACCCCCGGAGCCCGGGCGAGGGGGCGGCCCCGGGGCGCGGGAGCCCUCGGUCUGCGCCCAGCCACCGCCCGCCCGGCCCAGCCUUCUCCCCGCCCCCACUCACCGGCUCAGCCCCCGGGAGGGACGCGCAGGGAGCGUGUGGCUUCGCCCGCCGAUCGGCAGAAGUUGAGAGGAGUUGCCGGCUGCCUCGGCCGGCCGGACUUUGCGAGCAGAGCAGCCGGCGAGGCGCCGCCGCCGCCGCCGCGGAGCCUUCGGGGGCUGCUCCCGCCUGCCGGGCCCGCAGCGCGGCCGGAGAGGGGCGGGGAGGGGGUCGCGGGCGCCUGAGCCGCUCGGAUCUGUGCGAAGGACUGGACUCCGAGGAGAAUAAAACAAAGUGGACUCGGCAGGGAAGACCCUACCGCCGUUGAUGGUACCGGCCGACGCUCCGGCAGAGGGGCUGGGUUGGGCUUUUUUUUUUUUUUCCCUCCCAUUCUCUCUCUUUCUCUCUCUCUUUUAAAGCGACACCCGCUCUCUCUUUCUCCCAUCACUGUGCCACCAAACCCUCGCUGGCUCUUAUGGGCAUGAAACAUUCCUCCCGCUGCUUGCUCCUAAGGAGGAAGAUGGCGGAGAACGCGGCCGAGAGCACCGAGGGACACCAAGUCAUAUUGAACCAGAGCCCACCUUGUCAGGUGAGCAGCCCCCCAUCUCAGCCCCCGCAGCCGGUCGUCCCAGCCAAGCCUGUGCAGUGUGUCCACCACGUGUCCACUCAGCCCAGCUGCCCAGGACGGGGCAAGAUGUCCAAGCUGCUGAACCCGGAGGAGAUGACCUCGAGGGAUUACUACUUUGACUCCUAUGCCCACUUUGGGAUACACGAGGAGAUGCUGAAGGAUGAGGUGCGGACGCUCACUUACCGGAACUCCAUGUACCACAACAAACACGUGUUCAAGGACAAGGUGGUCCUGGAUGUGGGGAGCGGCACCGGGAUCCUCUCCAUGUUUGCUGCCAAGGCAGGGGCCAAGAAGGUGUUCGGGAUUGAAUGCUCCAGUAUUUCUGACUACUCAGAGAAGAUCAUUAAGGCCAACCACUUGGACAACAUCAUCACCAUAUUCAAGGGGAAGGUGGAGGAGGUGGAGCUGCCUGUGGACAAGGUAGACAUCAUCAUCAGCGAGUGGAUGGGCUACUGCCUCUUCUACGAGUCAAUGCUCACCACCGUCAUCUUCGCCAGGGACAAGUGGCUGAAACCUGGAGGGCUUAUGUUUCCAGACCGGGCGGCUUUGUACGUGGUAGCAAUUGAGGACAGACAGUACAAGGACUUCAAAAUCCACUGGUGGGAGAACGUCUAUGGCUUUGACAUGACUUGUAUUCGGGACGUUGCCAUGAAGGAGCCCCUGGUGGACAUCGUGGAUCCAAAGCAAGUGGUGACCAACGCCUGUUUAAUAAAGGAGGUGGACAUUUACACGGUGAAGACGGAGGAGCUGUCCUUCACGUCCGCCUUCUGCCUGCAGGUACAGCGCAACGACUACGUCCACGCCCUGGUCACCUAUUUCAAUAUCGAGUUUACCAAGUGCCACAAGAAAAUGGGGUUUUCCACAGCCCCUGACGCCCCCUACACCCAUUGGAAGCAGACUGUCUUCUACCUGGAAGAUUACCUCACUGUCCGGAGAGGGGAGGAGAUCUACGGGACUAUAUCCAUGAAGCCAAAUGCCAAAAACGUGCGAGACCUCGAUUUCACAGUAGACUUGGAUUUUAAGGGACAGCUGUGCGAAACAUCUGUAUCUAAUUACUACAAAAUGCGUUAGCACACGUGGGAGGCUGCAGAGAGCCAGCGAGCCAGCCCGGAAACUCGCCUCCAUCUGCAGCUCGGCCACCAGGGACCCUGUUUGCAGGACGACACGAUCCAUCCUGGAGUGCCCUCGAGACUGGUGAACUCCGCCGGCCUCCCGAGGGCCCUGCCCCUGGACCGAGGGCCCCCAGCCCCUCGGCUCUGCUCCGGGGGGCCCUUCUCAGAGGCUCUGUUUUCCUGACCUUGAGCCACGGCCAGCGCGGCAGCCGGGCCCCGAUGGAGGAGUCCACGCGUGUCCCCAUCGUCCUCCUUAACCGUGACUCUUGGAUCCUCAAGUUUUGCAUGCUGCAGGCAUCUAGGUCAGAUUGCUUCUCUAGAACCUGGAGACUAGUGUCUUUGAUAGCAUAAGCCAGACUCUACGUGCGUGCGGCGGUGCGCGUGUGCGUGCGCGGAUAGCUUCCCGGUUAGUUAUUUAACCCCGCGCACUUGUACUGUAUGUGUGUGCAGAUACAGUCAAGCGGCUGACGUCCGUGUUCAUCACAGGAGUGUGUGUGUGUGUGUGCGUGUGUGUGUGCGCGUGCGUAGAAUAUAUAUUACUCUCAGAGGAGAUCUGUUGCUUUCCAAUAGAAAUUUGUUUUGUGAUUAGUUCUCUCCCGUCCCCAGCCCUUCCCAGCUAUGAAACGUUCUCUGUAUUAGCUCCAGUCUCCUUUUGACUAGACUGUGGCUCCGAAGCCUGGGCAUAGGACCACGCACUCCGUGGGCACUCAAUAAAUGCACAUGAGAGUGAAA